CUGACGUCACGUCCCUGCGUGCUGACGUCCAGUCCGUUUAGACGUUUUGGCGCCAGUGGCUACCUGGCUGGGGACGGGAUGCUAACAAAACAAAGUUGUUGAAUUAAAUUUACAGUAACAGGGGGGGUCACACACACGAGAUGUUAGACGGUGGUCAGUUUGUGGAGGCCCUGGGCCGUCUAGGUUUUCCCGGUGCAUCAUCGCUGAAGGCCUCGGAGUUUGACUGGCUGUUUGACUGCGCCCCGGAGAACCUCCACUUCUUGCGCUUCGUCUGUCGGACCCUCAACCGGAGCAAUGUUCUCACCACGGAGGAGGCACGUGCGUUUCAAGAGCUACGGAGGUCCGGCAAACCGCUCCUGGACGAAGCAGCCUUGGGCGAGGUCCUAAAAACCAUCGGACCUUCCGACGGGAGCAAUGCAAACGUGUUAGGACCGUCUUCUUCAUCUUCGACCUCGGUGUUUGCAGCAGAGGGCGAUGUGGCCAUAGAGGACCUGGAGGCAGAGCUCCAGGCGCUGCGUAAAGAGAAAGAGCUGAAGCAAAAGCGCUAUAACAGGUUGCAGCUCGUGGCCACCUCGCGUGCGGACGUCGACCUGCGACUCACCGCGGAGCUGCAGAGUGCUGCGUGCAAGCUGAAGGAGGCCAGUGCUUCCAUUGGAGCCGAGAAUGCCGACACCAACGCCGUAUUACAAAACCUAACGGAUGAGGUGAGCAGUCUGGCUUCGUAUCUCCCAGUUCAGCCAGAAGAAAAACCUGCGGCCCCCUCAAACCCUUCCAUCUCCAGGAGCCCCACCGUCCUCCUGUCUCAGCUGUCUUUGGGUCCCUACCUGCAUCAAGAGGAGCUCAACACUAAAACACUGACUGCCUUCACUCAGAAGCAUUUCUUCCAGGGCAUCUCUGAUAUUGUUGAGACUUCUUGCUCUGAGCGCUUCCAGCUCCUCGACCUGAGUUCUUGUGGAGACGGAGAGGAGGAAGAGAAGGGGAGAGGCAGGGAGGAGCGAGUGGUGGAGCGCAGGAGGACAGAGAUGGCUAGACUUCAGUGGUCUCACAUUGUGGCCCAGCACCAGCUGAUGCAGGCCACGGCAGACGAGAAGAGUUUCCUGGCCGGCCUGGACUGGCUCUCCGAGGAGUCCUCUCAUACCAAGAGCAUUUCCACCUCCUCCUCGCUGCAUGUCCGCGAGGUCGUGUCCAGGAAGGAGCUGCAGGCAGUGGAGGCUGAGCUGGAGGCUUUGCUCCGUGGACCAGUACCUGCUGCUCUUAGAGAGUCAGCCAGGCUGCUUAAUGUGCCAGUGGUGAGGGGAGACCUCGCUCUGCAACUGGCCCGGCAGGACUACUACACCUCCAGACAGGAUCAGGUACGAGACUACCUACUCCGCCAGAAGGCGUCCUUUGACCUGCUGCACCUUGCUCAGGAGAUGGAGUUGAGGAGGUGGAGGACGUGCCUUAAGCAGCUGGGAGAAAUAAACAGCACACUGGUCAGGGAAAGUGAAGCAGCAAGCCUCAGAAUUGAGUCCCUGGCGCAUCCUGACCUUGCUGUCAACCCCAGGCCCAACCCUAUCAUCAGCUGCAAGGAUGCAGCCUUCAGCAGACUGCUCCAGAUCCUUGACCACGAUUCAGACCACGGCCGAUCAGAGCCUUUUCGGACAUAUGAAGCACUGGACCAGGCUGCCCGUGACCUCGCAGGAAACCUCCAGGUGACCCGAGACGCUCUAGCUGGUGCUGGCCGUGAGCAACACUACACAGCUGCUCGUCUGUAUGGCGACUGUGAGGCGCUCCACAGGGCGAUGUACACAGAGCUCCAGCAGCUGGUCUUAGGGCCACAGGUACGUCCAACGGCCAUCACUGACCAGGAGCUGCUCUGUCCCAAUGCACAGGAGCUGACGUUGAAGCUGGUGGAAGCUGAGUCUCAGCUGCAGAGUUUGCAGCACGUAAUGCAAGAAAUCAUGGGGGAGGUUAAAGCCAAGCGUUCUCAGCUGGAGCGCAAUGCCCUUCUCAGGCGGGAGAGGGAAUUAUACAUCUACUUCCACUUGGAUGCUCGACUACUGCAGAAAGUUGUGGAAGAUCUGGAAGACAAAAUGGCUGCGAAGAAAGGGCAGCAGUGAAACCUGCCAGAAUCAAUGAGGGGCGUUAAUAUCCAGCUCAACCUCAACAUGCAGUUUCUUUGCCAAGGGAGUCGACCUGUGUUAUAUAGUUUGAAGAGAUCUGAUCAGUACAGGAGGUUUACUAAGUACAGAAUCAUGGAUCUCCACUUGGUUUGUGCAGGAGAUGGAGAUCAGUCCCUUUAGUCUUCAUUGGUUCAUCUUUGGGAUAGCACUCAACUUGGGAUAAAGUUUGGUUGUACAAGAGCAGUAAUGCUGAUAUGAUUGGGAUUCGUUUGAGAAUGUUAACAAUUUUUACACGACCUAUUACUAUACAUGAAGAAUUGUUAGAAUUUACUGUAUUGUUCUGUCUUGUGAUGUCCUAAAAUGUCCUUGUUUAAAUAAAGUAAAAUAUUAUCUUUA